CCACCCAAAAAGAAAACCCCAUUGAUUUCCCACCUCCAUCCACGUAUACCACUUGCAUGUAUCUCAUCAAAAUAACAACCCCACACCUGUCACUUUAUUAAUUUCACACACACUCCACCACACUCUCCCUUUCUUUAUUUUCAUUUCAUUUGUCUCACUUUCCUCUUUCUCUUGUACAACAACAAAUUAUCAAUCAAUCUCAUGGCUGAUCUUAACCAAAGCUCAGCCUAUACACAAAGACCCACAACCACCGCCACGUCAUCGUCCUCAUCAGCGGCGUUUCUUAAAAGGCUUCACGACCUUCACGCCCCUAACUCAACCCAACUCGUUGGCAUCUUAACCCUUCUCGUUACCGGAUCCAUUCUCCUCCUCUUCACCGGUUUAACCGUAUCUGCCACCGUUAUCUCUAUCAUCUUCUUCUCGCCGUUGAUCAUCGUUUCCAGCCCAAUAUGGGUCCCAGCUGGUACCUUUUUCUUCCUCCUAACCGCUGGAUUCCUGUCCAUGUGUGGAUUCGGUCUCGUCGCUGUUGCUGCUUUCUCUUGGUUGUACCGUUACUAUAGAGGUCUUCACCCGCCCGGUUCGGACCGGUUCGAUUAUGCUCGGAACCGGAUUUAUGAUACUGCUUCCCAUGUUAAAGAUUAUGCUAGAGAGUAUGGUGGGUAUUUGCAGAGUAAGGUUAAAGAUGCAGCGCCCGGUGCUUGAACCAAACCGGUUUGCUUUUCUUUAAUCGUAUCACAUAUAUAUUGAACCGGUUUUUUGUUUUUUUAUUUAUUUAUUAAGUUAAGGUGUUUGUAAUGCUAAUGGUUGUAGAAUUAAGAAGUCGUGUGAUGUUUAUUAAUUAUUCUUUUGUUCCUUUUUUCUUUGUCUUUGUUGUCAUGGUGUCUGUGUCUGUGUUUUGUAUCUUCAUCAUCUGGACAUGAGAAGAAUCGCCAAUAUAUUACCUUUGUUAGUUGUUACUCUAACAUCAUCAAUCGAUCAUUCUCUUUUUUUA